UCUCCUCUUUUCCCUCUCCCCUCUCCUUUUCCCUUCCCUUUCCCCUCUCCAUUCUUCUUUCCUUCCUCCUUUCAUUGUAUGCAGAUCAAGCCCAGUCAAAGCCCGCUUCUGUCACUUGCAGGUCCCUCACGACAAGCAAGGACUCUCAAGCAAGCACCUUCUCUCCUCCAGCCCAGCUGAGGGGAUGCUGCUCCGGGCUCUCCGUGCUGGCACCGAGCCCCGCACCGCCGGAUCACCGCCGGCCGCCAGAGGAAACUGCAAGUGAAGAAGUUUAAUGUUUGCUUCAGCCGAAGAAAGUAUUUCCCAAGUCCUMGUGGGAAAAGGUGACAAGGAGGAGCGGAGGACGUUGCUAGUAGGUAUGGAGAUGACAGGAAGCCAUGACUAGAACAGUGAUUGUCAACAGGAAACAAAGCAGCGCAGCUGAUGUGACCCUGCUGUACAGCACAGUCGCUGUGCUCUGCUGCCUGCUGGACUCUGUGGCCUGGGGAGCAGAGUCAGCCUCCCAGAGAAACUCUCCCGUCUGUUGGUCUGCUGGAGUUUGAAUAAUUCUGCACCUGGUUAAUCCACUUUGCUGGAGCUGRCAAACCCUGGGCUUCUUUUCUCAAAAUCCUCGAGCAGCUCUGGGGAGAGCCAUGUGUGUGUGAGCAGCCAUCCCAGCUGGCAGCUCCACGGAGCCCAGGCAGCUUUGAGGUGUCGUGGCUGUUGAGUGCUCUGCAGAUAUGAACGCUGAGCUUKGGGCCUGGCUGUUCUCACCAUGCUAGUACAUGGGAAGGACGACUUUCUGUCAGACAUAGCCUACAUCAUCCUGGAGCUGAUCAUCGCMGUGCUGGCCAUCCUGGGCAACAUCCUGGUCUGCUGGGCCGUCUAUCUCAACAGCAACUUGCAGAACGUCACCAACUAUUUUGUGGUGUCCCUGGCUGCUGCUGACAUUGCCGUGGGCGUGCUGGCAAUCCCCUUUGCCAUCACCAUCAGCACUGGCUUCUGUGCCUUCUUCUAUGGCUGCCUCUUCAUUGCCUGCUUCGUCCUGGUCUUGACUCAGAGUUCCAUCUUCAGCCUGCUCGCCAUCGCCAUCGACAGAAUCAUUGCCAUCCGAAUACCCCUCAGGUACAAUGGSUUGGUGACAGGCUCUCGAGCCAAAGGCAUCAUUGCCAUCUGCUGGGUGUUGUCCUUCAUCAUCGGCCUGACCCCAAUGCUGGGGUGGCACAAACGCACCCCGAUCGAAGAGCUGGGCUCCAACAGGUCCUCUCCCAUCAACUGCAGCGACAGCAUGGUGGCCUGUCUCUUYGAGGCCGUGGUCACCAUGGAGUACAUGGUCUACUACAACUUCUUUGCCUGUGUGCUCCUGCCCCUCCUUCUCAUGUUCGGUAUCUACUUGAAAAUCUUCAUGGCAGCCCGGCGCCAGCUCAAGCAGAUGGAGAACAACAUGGUACACGGGGAGCGUUCCCGCUCCACGCUGCAGAAGGAAGUCCAUGCAGCCAAGUCUUUAGCCAUCAUUGUUGGACUGUUUGCAUUUUGCUGGCUUCCACUGCACAUUAUCAACUGCUUUACCCUUUUCUGCCCAAAUUGUGCCCACGCUCCCCUGUGGCUGAUGUAUCUGGCCAUUAUCCUGUCUCACGCUAACUCGGUUGUAAACCCCCUAAUUUAUGCCUACCGGAUCAGGGAGUUCCGAUACACCUUCCGUAAAAUCAUCAGCCAGCACAUCCUGGGCCGCAAGGAGCCCUUCAAGGCAGGAACAGCCAGCUCCAGGACUUCCACCCACGGGGGGGACGCGGAGAACGCCAGCAUCCGGAUCAGUGAGUACGCGCUAGAGSUGUACACCAACGGGGAGAUCCACAGGGAUCCCGAAAAGCAGGACUUGAACAAAUGCAAAGCUGGCUUGGAGUGGCACCAGAAUGGAAAUGCUCUGGACCGGGAGACAAAUGGGCAUCUCCCACAUUCCUGCAAAAAUGGGAUUCUCUCAGACGCACGCCUGAACAGGGAGCUUCACAGUGAAGAGCUAAUUGAUGCCCAGGUGUCUUACUCAGAUCUGGAAAGAGCAGCCUUCGCCGCAGCUGAUGUUUCCUGAUGAGACUCUCAAAGUCUUCCUGGUAGAAUUAUUUUCUUUCCAUUGGUGACCUCUGCCAUGGCAKAAAGGGAAGUUGGGGGGCGGGGGGAGAGCAGUGUAUUCAGAUUGCUGUGAAGAAAGGGGUCCAUAUCCAGGACUAUUGGAUGAUCCUGAAUACCAGACUGGAGAAAAGCCAAGAGACCACUGAGGUGGACUAAGGAAGGAGGGACACGUUACCUGUCARUGACCUGUCACCAAGAGCAGUGUCAAGGUCGAGGAUGGCAUUCCACGUUCAGCACUGGGAGACUGCUGUUGCAGGGAUUUCGUGACAUUGUGCUGUACUGUGCCUGUGGUUGUAUGUUGGUUUUGCUGUCUUUACCAAUGGAAAUAGAAGCAUGGCUGGAAGCAUUCCCUGAAUAACCCAGGGCAGCUGGGAAGGGCCCUCUCGGUACUGUGGCCCUGCAACAAGCAGAAAGGGAAUAGCAAAAUCUAUUGUCAGGAAAGAUGCUGGGAGCUGCUUGGAGAGGGAAGGAAUUUACCUGAUGGGAGCUCUGGAUACUUUCAACCAUGGCAUUUUGCCUUUCAGUUCAUGUUUUUAGAGCUUAUACUGCAACAGGUUGCUCAGGUUUUUUUCCAUGUGAUAGGGUUACUUUAUGUUAAAUUAUAAGAGAUGGGCAAGAACUCAUAUCCAUUCCCUGAGCACUCARUGUUCCAGAUGCACAAGGCAAAUAUAAGCUCUUAGCUCUCCACUUUGUCCAAAAAUCCACCAAAGCAGCCCCUGUAACACAGAUUUCCCUUGGCUGUUAGCAGGACAUGGUGCUGCAGGCCAGGGCUGUGGGUGUGUGAGCUGUCUGUAGGUUGGUGCCACCCUCUGCUUUCCCCUGUCUCUGUGCUUGUCCUCCUGAGCUCCUAGAAUGCAAAUUCUUUCCAUGGCCCCCAAUGUGUAUGAGGGGAGGUAAUAUUCCAUAUUUCAGUCAUUUUUAACCUCACUCAAAAGGCUGUGGGAUCUUUUUCUUAUUUCUUGGCAUAGGGRGCAGCCCACACACAUACCUUCCACUUAAUUUUGGCAUUCCAGCUCUAUUUAAACACCUGAUCUCCUGUGAUUUCAGUUGUUUCCU